AUGGCGCGCCCACGCCGGACGUCGAGUAACCUCGGUGGCGAUCCUCGCGGUGACACUGGCGCCCCUGCUUUGGCCACCAUGGCCCUGCGGCCCACUAACCAGAUAUCUGCACGCGAGAGAGAACUCAAGCCUCACUCGAAAAGACGGAAAGCAAGAUCCGCGUUUCGAAAAUGGAAGCAAACCUCCCUGCGGCACACCUGGCUCAACCCGCUCAUCCUCCUCCUUGCAUUGCUCGGGGCGUACUACGUAAACCCAAGCGAGCAGAAUCCUCUUCAUAAAGCUAUCUUCCUGUCAUACCCUCUCGGACCGGAUCAUCCGGGUGGACCGAACAUGUAUGGCAAGGGCAAGGCAGACUUUGCUUUCGUUGGAUUUUACACCAUCUUCUUUACUUUCACGAGAGAGUUUAUGAUGCAGCGGGUCAUUCGUCCCAUGGCAAUACGAUGCGGCAUUACCAAGCGAGCCAAGCAAUCGCGCUUCAUGGAGCAGGUCUACACUGCCAUGUACUUCGCCGUCUUCGGCCCCUUCGGCCUCUACGUGAUGAAGCAGGGCACUUUGUGGUAUUUCAACACGACCGCCAUGUUUGAAGGUUUCCCUCACCGCAAGCACGAAGGGAUCUUCAAGGCCUACUACUUGUUGCAGGCAGCAUAUUGGGCGCAGCAAGCCAUAGUUCUGGUCUUGCAACUGGAAAAGCCUCGCAAGGACUUUAAGGAGUUGGUCUUCCACCACAUCAUCACGCUUGCUCUCAUUGGACUGAGCUACCGCUUCCACUUUGCAAAGAUGGGCAUUGCCGUCUAUAUCACGCACGACAUCAGUGACUUUUUUCUUGCGACCUCCAAAACGCUUAACUACCUUGACUCGAUCGUCGUCGGCCCCUACUAUCUCAUGUUCAUGGGCAUCUGGAUUUACCUCCGCCAUUGGAUCAACUGGCAAAUCCUGUGGGCGACUCUGACCGAAUUCAGGACCGUCGGUCCCUUUGACUUGAAUUGGGAGACUCAACAAUACAAGUGCUGGAUCAGCCAGUAUAUCACAUUCUCACUUCUUGCCUGUCUUCAAGCCGUCAAUCUUUUCUGGCUAUAUCUGAUCCUCCGCAUCGCGAAGAACUAUGUUUUCUCCAAUAUAACGGUCGACGAGCGGAGCGAAGAUGAAGAGGAGGACGAAGAUACUAAUAUCCCUGCAAAGGAGGAAAAGAAGGCUUUAGCAAAUGGCAAGACCAACGGCAAUCAGCCAGUUGUGCUUAUCAACGGGGAGCCUGUUGAAGGCGAAAGUCGGCCUGACAGGGUGAGGGAAAGGAAGCGAAAGGGCUAG